CUCUCAUCUUCUCCAUCAGAAAAGCAUGUGUCCUUCUUGGGGCACUGAAAACCAUGGAUGGACUGAAACCACUGUGAACCUCUGCCUAACCUGAGAAGGAGCACAAAGUCCUGUCUGCACAUGUCUGAGAAGAAUAGUUCUGUCUUUCAACUCAUCUAUGCUGGCAUAAAUGAAAAUACGUGUUCUUUGACAAGUUGUGAAUCAAAAGCUUUUUAUGUAUGGACAGGUUUUGUUCCCUCCUGGUCACUUUGGGUGUAAUUAUGCUGCAGUGCUUUCACUUUACUGUUUUUUGUGGACUAAUUAACUGUAUAAAAACAUAAGAAAUAUCCUGUGGGGUCAGCCCAGCUGUCCUUCUGCUGUUCUGCCUGCAGCAGUGAGAACAGGAGAUAUUACUCAGAAAUAAUCCCAACUCUGGCCACCUCCUGCAGCCUAUUCUCUAAGUGUUCCCCCAGCACCUACAGCUGCUGAAUUAGGGAUGUGAGCUUGUGCAUGCACCUCUGAUAGUUUUUUUGGUGGCUUUCCAUGUACCUGCUUUGCAUGCAUUUGCCUGGUCCUGUUUGCAGCCUGCUCACACUGUGCAGCCUCACAGCAUCGGUGGGAGAAGGUGCACGUGCUCAUUGCACACUGAGUGCAGAAGUGCCUCUCAGUCCUGCACAAAAGGUACUCCUAGGAGCAACUCACCUUGGGGAAACAGCACUGGUCUCACCUGACAUGCCUGUCUUUGACUCAGAUGCAAAAUGAAAACAUCAUGUUCUAACUACUUUUUCAACCAAGCUUGGAACUAAAGAGUCUCAGUUUCCUCAGACCUGUGGCCCAAAACAUUUGCUAUGGCACGUGUGACAGUCAUUCCCAUCCUGCUGAUAUUAAGCUUUUUCCAACAUAAGAUACUGUUUUCCACAAUCCUGGCAAGUGGAAAAGAAGACAUAAAGGAUGCACUGAGGCUGCAUAAUGUUCUGUGGACCACCAAGGAUGAUUCAAGAGUUAUUUUGUCCUGGAACAAUAACCUGACAAAAGAAGAAACUAAGAAAUACACUGUGAAGUACAUUUUGAUUUAUAAGUUCUUCAAUACUACUAAGGAAAGAAAAGAAAGACUGCAGGAGAAGGAAAAGAUAAUACAUCUUCAUUUACACUCUGGUUUCAAUGCUAAAGUUAAGACACAACUUUUUGCAAAAGAAACAGAAGACAUAAUUAAGGAGAGUGACUGGACAGAAUUUACUUACAAGGCACCUCCAGUUUACAUUCAGAACCUUUCAUGCAUCAUAUAUAACAUUUCUUUUUUCAAUUGCACCUGGCGCAUCAAAGCAGAAGCUCCUGAAGAUAACCAGAUCUUUUUCUCAUACAGACAUGUAGGAAAGGUUUUUGAGUGCCAGCAAUAUAUAAAAGAUGCAAGGAAGAAAAAUAUUGGAUGCUAUAUGAAAGAAAUACAUUUCCAACCAUCAAAGAAAAUAAAUUUAAACAUAACUGUGAGAAAUUUGAGAAAUAGUUCAAGAGGAUUGUCUUAUUACAAAGCUUUCAAACCUCAGACAAUAGAGAAGCUGAACCCGCCGCUCAACGUCUCAGUUUCAGUUGAAAAUAGAAGUAUUAAAAUUCAUUGGAAACCUCCACCUACUAUUGGUUCAGCAAGGAAAAAAUGUUUUUUGUACCAAGUGAAAAUAACAGAUCAUAAGAUUGCAAAUGUCACUGCAGAGAACUAUAAGUAUCCAUUUCAUAAGCCAGCAAAAAGAUGUGCAGCACAAGUGAGGGUAAAGAAAGAGAUUUGCAUAGCAAACAAGAUGUGGAGUGAAUGGAGUGAGCCAGUAUUUAUUCACGAUGAAAAGACAGUGGAUAUCCUACUGCUAAGCCUUGUAUUGUUUUGUCUUCUGGUUUUCCUUGGAGGUGUGCUGAUAUAUGCAUGUAGAAGGUAUAGAUGCCUGGAAGUUUUAACCACACCUGUUCCACAUCCUUCAAAUAGUAUCAAAACGUGGUUAGCAGAUGAGACUCACCACCAGCAACAUAUGUCAAUGCAAAUGGAGAUGAACUCAGAGGUUACUCUGGGAACACCACAAGAGAACAGAGAUGAGAACAUUCAACUGCAGAAAUGUUUGAAGGAAUUAGUAUUAGAAGACCUAUAGAGAUGACAUGCCUUUUUCAUCUGCAUGCAAGUGUACCUUUCCAUGAGGUGGACAACAUUCUAACAGAUCAAAGAACAGCUGAUAUGGGAGUUUAUCUGUGCCCAAUAACUUGUGCUCUGACAACAUGCAACUCUUAAAAUUAGCUUUGGAUCACAGACACAAAGCAGUAUCUUGCAGUUUGUCUCUAAAAAACCUGAUCCUCAGACCAGUAAAAUUAGAGCAUCUCAGAAAACAUGAACCAAUAUUGAGGUCCACUUGGGUUAAAAUGAAAUUAGAGUUAGUGUUUCAUAAUGCUACAAUAGCUUCCAAGCACUAUCUGAUAGAUCAAGACCUUUUGAAGAUUGGCUGUUCAUACAAAUCUCAUGCUAGCUAUUCAACAUCUGAUUGGAGUGGUCAUGAGAAAUGGUGGAAGCAGUAAAUGUUUCUGGAAACAGCAAGAGAAUCUCACAAGUGUUCUCUAGAACUCAAAGCAACAACAAUAAAAAUAUCCCUUUCUGAGUCACUGCAUUGUGUAAACACACAUCAAUCAGAAAGGAGAGAGAUGUGUGAAGACAAGGUCUUUUAAUGUUGGGGACUUUGCAGUUGGUAAUAUAAGUAAAACGAGAAAACUUUACAUGAGGUAAAGAAAACAAAGUUUUCUGCUGUAUUGUGAUUUUUUAAAGUAAUUUUAAUUCAGAGAAGUUAUAAGUUCAGAACUGACCAAUUUUUGCUAUUUAUUUUUCCUUGUCCUUUUAAAGAAUAUUUCCUACUGAUUCCAUGAGGUGAUGAGCUAUGUUAGUCCAUUUUCAUGUAUAAAAUCAGGGCAGAUUAUUCUAACUCUUUGCUGGGAGUGUGUUUAUUUGACUAGAAUAGAACUAAUUGAUUUUGAAGGAAGAUGUUUCUUUUCUGAAAGGGAGAAAUACAUAUCAAUGAUGGACAAAAUUUUCUGGAAAGUUUGGAAACCUUCCAGAAAAAAAAAAAUUACUUGCUUCCAUUGCUGGUAAUAUUUUUUCCAUGUCAGAAUAAUAUUGAUUACAAGAAAUAACAAUAUAAAAAUUUUGUUUGUGCUUUUGAAAUAUAAAGUUUCUAAGAUAUACUUUAUUUCUGAGUCUUGAUUCACCUAAGUGUGCUUUUUGUUUUGGUAAAAGUCCACAAUGGAGAUUACACUGUUUCUCCUUUAUUAUUAAGAAUGGCUGG